AUGGCACUCCUGACGUGGAUCAAAGACGUCCUCGGCGUCGGCGCAUUCCCGCGCCCACCCUACUCGCCAGCCCAAAUCUACUCCAUCGUACUAACGAGCUUCAAAGCAUGGCCGUUCCUCAUCCCCAUCCUCUCGCUCAUCAACGCCCCACACGGCAAGUUCUCCUACGAAAGCCUGCUCAAUGUCAACGGCAACCUCGGGUGGUUCAUCAUGGAAAUCCCCUCGCCCAUCUUUGUUCUCCUCGGUGCACUCUCCAAGCCUCUCUCCACAUCCGUCGUCAAGGGCACCACCGGCUUCCUUCCACCUCUGUCCGCGCUGUUCUCCCCAACUCUGAAGCAAUUCGUCUCGCUACCGUCGCCGAACCAGGUGUUGGUGGUGAUGUUCCUGAUCCACUACACCCACCGAGCAGUGCUGCAGCCGUUGCGAUCACCCAAGCGAUCCCCGAUCCACCUGUCGGUGCCGUUGUCGGCGAUCCUGUUCAACCUGAUCAACGGCUUUGUAAUGGGAAGCUGGCUGGGCGGGAGGACACCCUGGUCGGCUCUGCCCCAACCUGCCGUCGCCUCCGCUGCCCUAGCCACUAUAAGUGCCAAGACCGGCACCACUGCUUCGUCAGCCGCAGCAUCGGAGCUCGCCCGCAAGCUCGUCUCCACGGGGGCUGCUGAUGCAUUCGGCAUCGGCGCUCCCGGUCUCAUCUCUCCCACCGUGUGGAAAUCCCCAUUGUGGUACCUCGGCCUAGCAGGGUGGGCAAUCGGUUUCGCAGGCAACGUCCUCCACGACGAAAUCCUCAUGGACCUCCGACGACCCAACAAAUCGCAGAAACCAGCCGACACGGCCGACGUGGGUAAAGGCAGCACCGCACGCAAAUACUCCAUCCCCCGAGGCGCCCUCUUCGAGUACAUCAGCUUCCCCAACUACCUCUGCGAAUGGUUCGAGUGGUUUGCCUUCGCAUGGGCCGCUUUGUACUCUUUGCCCAUCUUCACACAUUUGACGGCAAAAGAUGUGGUGGCUACCGCGCUGAGUACGCCACCGUUCCUGUUCCCCUUCGUGCUCGUAUGCCUGAUGGCGCCUAGAGCGGCCAACGGUCAUCAGUGGUACAAGAAGACAUUCGGUGACAAGUUCCCGCGUCAACGAAAGGCACUCAUUCCUUACAUCUUCUAG